AUGACGAGAACGAGUCGUAUGGAUUUUAACAGAAAGAAACCCGAGAAGCAGGAGGGCUCUUCUUGGAAUGAAAUACAGAGAGACGUCUCGAAAGAUCACGCCACAAAAUUGAAGUCAAAAGAAGGUCAAUUCAAAAACUUUCCUUGUAAAACUGCUCUCAAGAAACACUGUUUGAAGUGCAAAAAGCCCGGUCACUUAGUGUCCUGUUGCCCAGAAGGAGCCGACAGAGUUGAGACAAUGCUCUGCUUCAACUGUGGAAGUCUGGAGCACACCUUAAAAAGGUGCAGAAAACCCAGAGACGGGAAACUACUUCCGUAUGCCACUUGUUUCGUGUGUAACGAGACUGGUCAUUUAGCUUCAGCGUGUCAUGAAAACCAAAACGGAAUUUAUCCUCGAGGGGGAGGUUGCAGAAAGUGUGGUUCCAACAUGCACAAGGCCAAUGACUGCACUGGACUCGCAAAGGAACCAACUGACGUCGAAUGGGACGGCGAGGAGAAAUUGUUCUUAAAUCCUAAAUCGAAUAAAACUCUGAGGUCUGCAGACGCCGUCGAUAUUUACGAGUCAACACUAGAGAAAGAAAAGAUAACCAAACUCAAGCCAGUCACAACUAAAGUUGUCAAAUUUUAA